UCUCUCUCUCUCUUUCUCUCCCCCUCUCCCUCUCCUUCGCGAUAUAUUUAUAUAUAUCGUGUGGUUUCACAGCAUCUGCAAAUGAUUGCUAAGCUUGCGCUCAGAGGAGGAUCCUCGCUCCCGAUGUUUCUUCACAGAGCUGACUCGAAGCGUUCUCCUCAGUCGAAAAGAACCUUCCCGAGAUAGUUGGAAGUCGGAGUUGGCCGAAAGGAAAGCCGCCAAACAUGAUCAACACGGUGGAGCGCGACGUUGACGCGCAGAGCUUGAUCUCCAUUUCCCUCAUGAAGAUCCACAACUCCAGGACUCAGCGAGGCGGCAUCAAGCUGCACAAAAACCUGCUGGUCUCCUACGUGCUGAGAAACGCCAGGCAGCUUUACAUCAAGGAGAAAUACGCCGAGAUUUACCGGAUGCAGCAGUACGAGGAGGUGAUGGCGGUCUGCGACGAGAUCCAGGAGCUCAACCCGCUGGACGCGGAGGACUCGGAGGACGCCGAGAACGAGGAACGGGCGCGGGCCGCGUGCUGCGGCGAGGAAGCCGCUCUCCCCGGCCGCCCGGCGAGCGCGCUCUCCGGCCGCGCCUCUCCGGCGGACGCCUGCAAGGAGCCCCCCGAGCCCUGCUACUACAGAAGCUGCUGCGCGGAGGUCUCCGACGCGUCCCGCUGCGAGCCGCUGCCCGCAAACGGCAACGCGCACUGCAACAAAACCACCGUGCUGGACUUGGACACGCAUGUGGUGACCACGGUGGAAAACGGCUACCUCCACCAGGACUGCUGCUGCGACGCGCUCCAAGCGGCUCAGGGCGCGCAGCCCCCCGGCAAGAAACGAAAGGUUGACUUUGGAUGCUGCUUGUGCGACGUGGACGAGCUGUCGGAUUUUGCCCUCUCGCGCAAACGGCCCAAACGCGAGGAGUACGCCAACUGUAACCCGGACUACGCGGACACUUCCAACAUCUCCAACCUGAUCUCCAUCUUCGGCUCGGGCUUUACGGGGCUGCUCAGCAGGCAGGCGGACUUGGAGCAGAUCUGUAGCAAACAGGCGCUGGCCAGUCUGGGAGCGUGGACUCGAACCAUCGUGGCGUUUUGAAUUCAAAACUUUAUUUAAGGCGCGGUGAAUGGGGGGGGGGGGUGAUCUUGGCUCAACCGCAUCGCGUUCCCCGCGCGUCACCGAUUGGGGGGGAAAAUACUGCUAUCGCUUAUUUAUUUGAGCACAUUGAAAGGUCUCGAAUGUGAGCCGGGGUGAUGUGGUGGCGCAGGGUGGUUCUCCAAAUGUUCUGUAGAUGGAGACAUUUGAAAAAGGACAACGUGACUGACAUCGCCAUGGCAAAAGUCACCUGAACCCUUCAACAGGUCAAUCGGCAGGAAAGCGUCCGCGUAACGUAACGCGUCGGGCCGAGUGGCCUCGCUUGCGCGUACUUGUGAGUCGGUGGCCCGAGGAUGUGCUUCUCGCGAGGCGUGACGCGCGCGCGGCCACAGAACACGUGCACCGCGCCGCGCGUUAGUCAACAGGAGGUGCACGGUUGUUGUCAAAGGGGGGGCCGGCUCCGAACGCGGAACCCUCCGAACGACGGCUACGAACGAGCGCAAGAGCCGCACACAGUGUGUUCAACAUGAAGGGAUGAAGAUUGAUACCUCAUUUUCCUCAUUAGUCCCUACUCAAUGACGUCACUCGCGUUUUUUUUCCUGAUCGGCAGCAAUUGAACCCACUUUCCCCUACGGAAAAGGAUUUUUUAAAAAAAGAAGAAUUUUGCAGGAAAAGACACUGAGAAAAUGUUUCUGAGUCAUGUCACAAUCGGCAGGCAGGCGUUCGUGAGCUUGAUGGUGGAUUGACUUUUGUUGCCUUAAAAAAAAACAAAAACAAACGCACACUCUUGCUAGCUAUUGUCAAAAAUAAAACGGCAAGUUUAAGGAAAGUGACCGAAUGUCAACUGUUCUCUCUUUUCGCUCACACUUUUUUGUUGUUGUUGAAAGACAUCAACACAUCCAAAUCCUGACAGCCAACAGUUUCACCAGGAGUUUGACGCGCAUCUUCCGCCAUUUGAAGCAUCCAAGGUCAAAUCUUCAAAAGGAUUCCAAAUUGUCCUGGUUUUGUGAGUUCUACUCUGUUUUUGUCAAGGAAUAAUGUUUGUCCUUUUGUUUUAAAAAAGGCAAAGCCAUUAUUUAGCCAUACCCUGAAAAUCCAUGCGUUAGCUUUAUGAGCACCAUGUGUACCAAAAUAAAGGAGAAUAUUCCGCCGUUCUCUGCAUAUUUUGUUGCUAUUCUUGUAUUUUUGUGCUUGAAAAAUUGUAUAUUGCCGGGUCAAACUGUUGCAGAAAGUAUUUGUAAAAAAAAAAGUAUAAUCUAAUAAUAAAAAAU